UGCAUGUAAGUAUUGCAUCAUAGCAAUCCUAUUUUCCUCAAAGAUAUCAAAAGUUCUUCCAUAUUCCACUUAUACAACUGAAAAUUCAAUGCCGUCUUUAUCACCAACACAAAGCAAUAUUAUCACCAAGCAGGAAACGAAUACUUCAAACACAACCAUUUCAACUAUAACAACUGAAAACUAUACUGAAACGUCCAAUAGAACUGGUGAUACGACGCCGACAAACAACUCGUCUUUGCACACUACAUCUUCUUCGAAUCUUACUAUAGCAACCACCUUCAAUGCCGUUGCCACCAGUUCUGAUGAGGAUAAUUCAGGCAAUGUCUCAACUACCUUUUUAGCCACAUUGACUACAGAGGGGGAAACAAUGACCAAUUUAUUUACAUCGCCACCGGUAGUAUCGUCAUCAUAUGAAACAACUGAGGAUACAUCGUCUCCGACAAACAAUAAAACAACGAUUCUUACAGAAGGUUCGUCGAUUAUGAGUUCGUCGUCGGCAUUGAUAUCCACAAUAAUGACCAGCAGCCGAACAGCCCUUCUUUCUGAAAAUACGCCUGAAACACACUCUUCAAAUACCGUUGUUAGCUCUCAUCAGACAACUAAUGAAUAUGAGAGCACCGAAAUUUCAGACACGUCGAGGGCCACCGUACCAACAGUUACAAACUCUGUAGAGAAAAAUAAUACUACGCCUGAGUCCACAGGAGGUUCGGAACCACACUCGUUCUCUUCAACAUAUUCCAUAACUACUAUUACUGCAACUCAAACAUCCUCUUCCGCUCCUCAGACAAUGACAUCAAUUGAAAAUAAUGGAACGAGCGUCUCAAAGAAGAUCAGCACCAUAGUACAUAGCAGUAUGCAAGAGUUAGUAAGAACAACAGAAAUGGACACGACCGAGACUGACAUCACCGGAAUAUCAACACACACGCUUUCAUCUUCAACCCAUUCCGUACUAAGUACCACUCCAUUGCAUACAACUACUCGUCCGCUAUCUUUUACUCCAAAUAUUGAUAAUGCUGUGUUCACUAUUCAUUUCGAUAUUUCACUGAAAGAGUGUGUAAAUGAAUCUGCAGCUGAUGAAAUAGAAUUACACAUCAAGAAAAAUUUGACUGAGAAUAUCAUUGAACUUGUCUCUGUUAAAUUAUUGCGCCUUAAAUGCAGCGUGCAUUCAAAAAGAAAUCGGAGAUCUAGCCCUUCUGGGGAAGCUGAAGCUUUUACCGUGACUACAGGGUUUAGAAAAUCUGCAAAGGGUAAUGAAAGUCAGAUUGCAGGAACCAUAGGAAAAACAGUAGGAAAAACAUAUGAAAUAAAUGUGACAGAAAUUGAAAGUAAAUUGGAAAAAGAGUUCAAUAAUCCGUGUGGGUCUGAUGUGUGCAAACAUGGAGUACUCAACAAUAAGGGAUACGAAUGCAAAGCAACAGAGAAUGGAACUAAAUGUCUCAUACAGUCGGUAUGCCUCUAUGAAGAAGCUUACUGUAAAUAUGGUGCUCACUGUGAAAUCAGAGUGGUAGGAAAUUCGUAUCAGCCCGGUUGCAGAUGCGAGGACACUCUGUUCUUCGCAUUUACAGGAUUACAUUGUGAGAAGAAGUCUCUGAAACUGGACGUAUCUCUAUACACUGCCGGGGUUAUCGGGGCUCUUAUUAUCAUUACGUUUGUAGUGAUCAUUCUGUUAAUGAGGAGAUCAUGGCUAAAGAAAUCCGUUCAGAAAGAGCCUUUGAUGUUGGAAUCUCCAGAUGGUCAUGAGGAGUUAACAAACAUUCAGAGCUUUGACAAUCAGUCUUAUGACAGAGACUAUGAGACUAACUGGGAUAUAGAGAAAAGUGCUCACACUUACGAUUAUAUAGACACUAAGCUAAGCGAAGUCAACUACAGCAUGCAGAUCAAACGUCCAAAGCUGGUCAGCACAUACUACUAAGUAAGGUAUGACGGAGUUACUGUACACGUAUUCCUUUUAUCCAGUUGUUUAAAUCAAGACAUUUAUAGCUGUGGAUGGUACAUGUACCGUAUGUUAUGACUACUUUAAUAACGAAUCAAUUGGGAGAAACAAUGUAUAAAUGUUAAGACUUUUCAUUACAUUUUUUUUUUCAUGAAUGUUAUGUGUAAAUUUAUAUGAUUUUGAACUAUCAAACUUGAAAGCAUAAAAAUAUUUUAACAGUAAUUACAAUUCUUUUCCACUUAGCGAGAAGUGUUAGUUAUACAAAAGUAUAAAAACAAAUUGAGAAAAAUCAUAAUUAUUUUUUUCCUGAAAAACAAGAAAUUGCCAAGUCUAUUUUUAACUGGUAAUUUUAAUGAAGGAUUCUUUCGUUUGAUGUUCUCUAUAUAUUACUAAAUGGCCACUGCAAAGGUCUAAAAUUAAAAAGAAUUUAGCAGAAUAAUAACUUGACUUACAGAUGAUGGCACUGUCAACAUGAUGAUACAUACCAUGUAUUGUAAAUAAAGAUAAUUUAAUUUG